ACGAAAUGAGUUUAUUUUAUACCAUCAAUUUAACCAAUACAUACUCUGAAAUAUUCAGACAUGGCUGAAAUACCUACUCCAUUAAGGCAACCGGAGAUUAAAUUCACACAGAUUUUCAUCAAUAACGAAUGGGUGGACUCUGUCAGUGGAAAGACAUUUUCAACAAUCAAUCCAGCGAAUGGCAAGACAAUUUGUAAUGUUCAAGAGGGAGACAAGGCAGACAUAGAUAAGGCUGUUAAAGCCGCAAAGAAGGCAUUAGAGUUUGGUUCCCCAUGGCAACAGAUGGAUGCAAGCAAAAAAGGGGCUUUACUUCAUAAGUUCGCUGACCUUGUGGAGCGGGACAGAGUAUAUCUUGCUAGUUUGGAAACACUUGAUAACGGCAAACCUUUCAGGGACGCCUAUACUGGCGAUCUAAGCAGAACUGUGGAUACGUUCAGGUACUUUGCCGGUUGGACGGAUAAGAUACAAGGAAAAACAAUACCUAUAGAUGGGACCUACUUUUGUUAUACGAGGCAUGAGCCAGUUGGCGUUUGUGGACAGAUUAUCCCUUGGAAUUUCCCACUGGCCCUGUUUGCGUUGAAGAUCGCCCCUGCUCUUGCCUGUGGAAACACCGUAGUCAUAAAGCCCGCAGAACAAACACCACUGAGCGCUCUGUACGCAGCACAGCUGUUUAAAGAGGCGGGAUUCCCUCCAGGUGUUGUUAAUGUAGUUCCAGGAUUCGGUCCUACGGCUGGCGGCGCUAUCUCAUCUCACCCGCACAUUAACAAAACUUCCUUCACCGGAUCUACCGAGGUCGGUCAAGCCAUAAUGGAAGAGGCCGCUAAAUCAAACCUUAAGCGAGUUACCCUGGAACUUGGCGGGAAAAGCCCAUUGGUUGUUUGGAAAGACGCAAACUUGGAUGAUGUUGUAGAGUGGGCGGAAAGAGCUGUUUUCUACAACUGCGGACAAAUGUGCACAGCCGGCUCAAGAACGUACGUUCAUGAAGAUAUUUACGAAAACUUUGUCAAAAAGGCAACAGCUAGGGCAAAAGCUAAGGUCAUUGGAGAUCCUUUUGAUAUGAAAAGUGAAUAUGGACCACAGAUAAGCGAGGAACAGUUCAAUAAAGUGCUUGAUCUAAUAAAGACUGGAACAAAGGACGGUGCUCUUCUUGAAUGUGGAGGCCAAAGGUACGGCACAGAAGGCUAUUACAUACAACCAACAGUAUUUUCAAACGUUACUGAGAAAAUGUGUAUUGGAAAAGAAGAGAUUUUUGGUCCGGUACAAUCGAUCAUUAAAUUCAAAGAUAUGGAAGAUAUUGUUACACGUGCAAACGAUACAAAAUACGGACUAGCAGCAGCGAUAUUCACCGAGAGCAUUGACACUGCCCUGACAUUUACUAGUAGAGUGAAAGCCGGGACAGUAUGGGUCAACUGUUACAAUCGAACGUCAGUAACUGCUCCGUUUGGAGGAUUCAAGAUGUCCGGCAUGGGUCGAGAAUUUGGCGAAUAUGGUUUGCAGGCAUAUACAGAAGUAAAGAAUGUUGUUAUAAAGACAUCAAAGAAACUCUAAGAUGUACGUGAUUUCCAUGCAAAGUUUACCAAAAUUAAAGUGAAAGAAAAUUGUUCCGUACUCUCAAACAAUGGCGAGAUGUUCACACAAAUCUGCGCACACGACAUGUGAUUGGCAUCGUUUGUUUGCAUAUUUUUUGAUAAUUAAGAAGUGAUAAUAUUACGUGUGUCACCGUGAUCAGCAUUCGACACCAUAUGAAUUGAUUCUAAUCUUAUUAAAACAGAGGAUGAAACUACAAUGUAUUUUAUUCAUCGAAAACGAUAUUCUCAUAGGAUAUCAGUUUCAAUACAUUUCUUUUUUCUGAAUGAUUUGCCGAUAUUAAAUAAUUCUGUAAAGGUGUAAAUGGCAUUUGCUCCGGAAAUUUUAUUUGAGGAAGUAUAGGUCUAAGGAAGCGCAACUUUUCAUGUAAAUAUCACGAAAUUGAGAGUUAUAUAAUCAGUUUUAACUUACUUUUUGUCGAGCCCACUGGCGGUGAGCUCGACAUAGUUGACACAAUGGCGGUUCGGUAUAUGUGCGUGCGUGCGUGAGUUUGUCCGGGCUGUAAAUUAUCCGUGGAUCAAGGGAUUCUAAAAUAACUUGACACAUAUGUUUGCCUCAAUGGUACGGUGUGAACCAGGUUGGUAGCUUAAAGGUCAAGGUCAUACUUUGAGGUCCAAGGUCAAAACUCGGUGCUGUUUAGCUUGUCCGGGCUGUAACUCAAUCAUGGAUCGAAGGAUUCUUAAAUACUUCGGCACAAAUGUUUGCCUCGAUAAGGUGAUGUGUCAUGUGCAACAACCAGAUUGGUAGCUUAUAGGCCAAGGUCAUACUUAAAGGUCAAAGGUCAAAACUUGGUGCGGUUUUCCUUGUCCGGGUUUCUAAAUAACUUGGCACAGUUGUUUGCCUCAAUGAGACAGUCUGUCGGACUAAGUAGUUGAAAGGUCAAGGUCACACUUAUGGGUCAAAGGUCAAAAGUUGAUGCAGUUUCUUUUGUCUUUGCUGUAACUUAGCCAUGGAUGGAGGUGUCUUAAAUAACUUGGCAGAAAUGUUGGCCGCAAUCAGUUCUGUCGCCGCCAAAUAGUAUCUUAAAUAUUAGUCAUUUUACAGCUGGCGGGCUCUACAUGUUGCCCGUGGUCAUCUAGUUAUUAAAUCUUUACAAUCCGCAAUGGGUUAUUGCUGUGUUGUAAUUUACAACGAAACAACUUUAGGACAGUUGGUGAUAUCUAGUUGAGAAAUACCCAAAACAAAACAGUUUCUCCUUCAGUUGUAAAAGUGGAAGUCACGCCAAUGCCAAUCAUUUUAGUUAUUCAUAUACCUCAAUUAUCAAUGAGAUCAAGACAAUUUUCACAUCAUCACUUCAAAGUAUUCUCCCUGCACAGAAACACUUUUGCACUCUUACUAUUCAUGACCUACUGCUGCAAAGUAGUAUCCCCUUGUUAUACUGUUAAGACUCUAAAAAGACUGCAAAACCAAAGGCACUUCCAGUGGCAUAGCGUUUACCUGCGAGUGUCUUUUUUUAGCAAGAAAAAUGUGAAAAAAAUCACAGGGACUGAAGUUUGGACAUUAAGGUGACAGCUCGAUCUGACUAAUCUUUUCUUGUUCUAAUAAAAGCUUUAUAAUCUGGUUUUUGUUGGCAGGCACAUUGUUAUGAAGAAGCUAUAUGUCUUUCAAACUUUUACUUGGGUGUAUAUCUUGAUAGAUGUUACUUUGUUUCUGAAAAAAUAUCCUUGCCACUAAAUACUGACCUAUGGCAAAAUUUUACUCUCCGCUUCAUUAGGAGAGAUGUCAACACAAACAAUACGAAAGUUAAGUUAAAGCUUAUAACACCUAUUUCUGCCCAAAAGUAGAUUAAUGUCAAACUGUAUAGCAGUCCUGACAAAAGUCCCAAACGAAGAAAAUUGAAAAGAUAAAAAGGACAGCAGUACAUUAUGUCUGUAACAACCAUGUCUGCACAAACAGUGUUUCCCAUAUUAUAUGAUAAUACUCUAAACUGGCAUAUGAUAAUUGAACUGUCCGUCUGUAAGUCUGUCAGUCCGUCCAUCCAUUAAUAGUUUCCGUUUCCUGAUUCUAAGUCAAAAAGUUUAUCGGCUAUAAAGGAUAAUUAAACACUACUUGAGGAGAAUUCCUACGGUUGUUAGGGUGAAUAGGUCAAAGGUCAAUAUCAUAGUGAUCUGGAGGUCGAAUAUAUGUGUCUGGACUUGUUGGAAGAAGAUCCAUAUCGAUCUUGGGGUCAGAGGUCACGGAUAAUCUCUCGUCAUUAUGAUACUUACACCUGAACAAAAUACACACAUUUCUCGUCUUUCUUGUCCAUGUAAUAAUAUUCCAAAUCAAUUAAUAUCUACUUGAUACCUCUAUUUGUUCAACUCGCCUACUUCGAAGAUUCAGUUUGACAGUUUGCGUGCGUCCAUUUAAUUUUUUUCUCAGCCUUCAUUUUAAAGGCACUGACCUCCAGAUUUGGCUAAAAAAUUAUCUUUCUUUCAAAUUGAAGUUUGGUCAUAUUAUGAAGAUUAGAAUAUGAUUUUUAUGCCCCCGAAGGGAGGCAUAUUAGUUUUCAACUGUCCGUCCGUUCGUUCGUUCGUUCGUUAGUUCGUUCGUUACAACGUUAACUUUUUGCAUGAAGGCACUUUACUCGCGAACCACUUCACCCAGGACCUUCAAACUUCACAUGCUGAUAGUACUUAUUGAGUACACCACCCUACUGACUUUGGGGUCACCAGGUCAAAGGUCAAGGUCACAGGGGCCAACGUUAACUUUUUGCAUGAAGGCACUUUACUCGCGAACCACUGCACCCAGGAUCUUCAAACUUCACUUGCUGAUAGUACUUAUUGAGUACACUACCCCUACUGACUUUGGGGUCACCAGGUCAAAGGUCAAGGUCACAGGGGCCAACGUUAACUUUUUGCAUGAAGGCACUUUACUCGCGAACUACUGCACCCAGGACUUUCAAACUUCACAUGCUAAUAGUACUUAUUGAGUACACCACUCCUACUGACUUUUGGAUCACCAGGUCAAGGUCACAGGGGCCAACAUUAACUUUUUGCAUGAAGGCACUUUACUCGCGAACCACUUCACCCAGGACCUUCAAACUUUACAUGCUGAUAGUACUUUAUGAGUACACCAACCCUACUGACUUUGGGGUCACCAGGUCAAAGGUCAAGGUCACAGGGGCCAACGUUAACUUUUUGCAUGAAGGCACUUUACAUGCGAACCACUUCACCCAGGAUCAAACUUCACAUGCUGAUAGUACUUAUUGAGUACACCACCCCUACUGACUUUGGGGUCACCAGGUCAAAGGUCAAGGUGCUGCGGGGGCAUUUGUCACCAUUAGUGACAGCUCUUGUUUGUUUCUAAAAUAUUUUAAAAAUUCCAAAUCAAGAAAAAAAGAUGACCACGUCGGGAACCAAACCCCGGACCGCCGCGGCAAUAAAGACAUUUUCCCGUAGUCGUAACCAAUAGCGCUAUAGUUAAAGUAGUGAAUAAUGACUUCAAAAUAUAGAUAUUUAUAAUCGAGACAGUUUACCUGGAAUAAAAGCGUGACAAACGCUUUUCGAUUUUCAUCGUAAAAAGUAGU